AUGUCGUGGAGAAGCAAUGCACAGAGGACGGGUAUGAAUGCACAGCCGCUAGGCCAGUCGCGGCGUUGGGGCGGUGGUGGUAGUGGAGAAUACCGCGAUCGUGGUGGCUACGACCGUGAACGCGAUCGCAAUGCGCCCAAACGCCCGUAUGACUAUGGAGCGCCGCGUGGUGGCGGCGAAAUGCCUAUGUCGGAUGGUGCACGAAAGCGACGAUCGCGCUGGGGCAGCGAGUCGGAUAGGAAAGAUGUGUCGUCUGCCGCCAUUUCUGGCAAUGUGUCCGGGCAAGAACUGGAUCGGUAUGCCAUUCAAGUGCGUCUGGAUGAGAUCAACCGGAAGCUUCGUACGGGCGAUGUAAUCCCGCCCGAGCGUGAGCGCUCUCCGUCGCCACCGCCUACGUACGACAGUCAGGGCUUCCGCAACAACACACGCGAGAUUCGCUAUCGCAAGAAAUUGGAGGAGGAGCGUACACAACUGGUCGAUCGUCAAAUGCGACUGGACCCAUCAUACCGUCCACCGCAAGAGUACCAGGGUGCACGACGCAGUGGCCGGCCGACGGAGAAGGUAUACCUCCCUGUGCGUGAGUUCCCUGAGAUCAACUUCUUUGGUCUGCUUGUUGGACCGCGUGGUAAUACCCUGAAGAAGAUGGAGAGCCAGAGUGGUGCCAAGAUCCAUAUCCGUGGUCGUGGCAGUGUGAAGCACGGCAAGGGGUCGACAGAAGGCGAGGAGGAAGACAUGCAUUGCAUUGUGACCGCUGACAAUGAACGUUCGAUCAAGCACUGUAUCAAGCUCAUCAACGAGGUGGUAGCUACUGCGGCGUCGACGCCAGAGACGCAGAACGAUCAUAAGCGUAGCCAACUGCGUGAGCUUGCCGUCUUAAAUGGUACGCUGCGUGACGACGAAAACCAGAUUUGUCAAAACUGUGGCGAGAAGGGACACCGCAAGUACGAAUGCCCGCAAGAUCGGAAUUGGACGACACAUAUUGUGUGCCACAAGUGUGGACAAAGUGGCCACUUGGCUCGUGACUGUUUCUCGCAGCGCCCGUAUGGCAGUGGUACGGCUGCGGCGACGAUUGGAGCGGGAGGUGGCUCGCAUGUCGAGUCAGAGUAUGCGACACUUAUGGCCGAGCUGGGUGAACGGCCAGGCGGUCACGUCCAAGGUGGCUACCUCGGAGUGCCUGGGUACGCCGGCCCACCCACGAACGAGAAGGGCGAGAAGAUCCCGCCAUGGCGUGAUCCGGCCGUGUGGAAUGCAUCGAAUGGAAGCCGUUCGAACCGUGACUUUAUGCAGGACAGUGUGUAUGCGGAGCAAAACUGGGAUGCUACGGCGGCGAAUGGCUACGAUGCGUAUGCAGGCUAUGCGGCCACGGGCGAGGCCACAGAAGUGGCGACCGACGGCCAGCGUGAUUACUCUGCCGAGUGGGCUGCGUACUAUGCAGCCCAAGCCGCUGCUGCGCAGCAACAAGGCGAGGGCGAUGGUGCGCCUGCGCGUGACUACUCGAAGGAAUGGGAAGAGUACUACCGACAGCAAGCAUUGGCACAGCAACAACAGGCCGCUGCUGCAGGUGACAAUACCGAAGCGGCCGCAUCGUAG